UCACGGCUGUAUCAGCGUGGAUCAGCCGAGGGAGGACCGGCGAGAACUCGCCGCGGCAUGACCGAUCCCGAUGCAGCCAGCAGCUCCACUCCAGCCUGCACUUGACUUUCCUCUCACUUGACUCUCUGCAGGCAGCAAACAUGUCUCGAUUCGUCGUCCGUCUCUUCCUAGUUGCUUCUCAGCACGCCACAGCAAGAUCUGCGGUGUUACCAAGGAGGAUCCCGGUGUUCAUCCGCCCUGUAUCCACAUCUCCAGACCUGCAGUCUCUCACACGAUACAAUAAGACAACAGACUGGCACAAGAAACUGACCCCAGAACAGUAUGUUGUCACCAGAGAAAAAGGGACCGAAGAGCCUUUUAGUGGGAUCUACCUGAACCACUAUGAGAAGGGGAUGUACCACUGUGUCUGCUGCGAUGCUCCACUUUUCAGUUCAGAGGCAAAGUAUGAGUCUGGGACAGGCUGGCCAGCGUUCAAAGAGGCUCAUGGGACAUGGGAGCGCGAUGAAAGCCAUGCCUCCAUCAUUCGUCGUCCAGACAACAGCCUGGGUAGUGCUGGGACAGAGGUCCUUUGUAAAAAUUGUGAUGCCCACCUUGGCCAUGUGUUUGAUGAUGGGCCCGACCCGACAGGUCAGCGGUUCUGUAUCAACAGCGCAGCUCUUACAUUUAAACCCAGAGAUAACAACAAACCUGACAAGGAUGAGCAGAACUGAUGGACUUAAACCACUGAAAAUAUUAUUUUUUACCUGCAAGUGAGUCACUCUCAGUUUCUUGUUGGGAAACGGUGGAUAUUUGCAGGACAUGAGUAGAUGAAUCACUUGCUAUCUCUUAAUAAAAGUUAUAUUGAUUUUUUUUUAUUUGUUUACUAAUAUUUGUUGAGUACAAAAUUUUGUACGAAAUAGAAUGUCAUCUGAUGUGAUUGCAGUUUGAAUAAAAAGCUUAACGCUUUAUGUGGGAUGCCCUGGAUAACAAAUUAAUAUCACACAUGUAAAAACAUGUUUUUAACAGCAUUUCUAUGUCUGUCACAUGUUUUCAUAUCUGAAAGAAAUGUCAAAAAAACAUGAUCUAGUAAGACCUGCUUAUCUGUUUGAAUGGCAGAUUGUAAAACACCAGAAGUUCUGUUAUGACAUUGCUGUUAUUUGUGUUUUCUGGUUUGGCAGUUGACCUGUCUGUGUUAGGAAUAAUCCAUACAUAACAGACAAUCUGUCAAUAAAUGUGCAUUGUGUUUGUUCUGA